AUGGAAUCGAUCUCACCUUUUGUCUCCUCCAGCCCUGCGGUGCGCUACGCUCCACCAUGGCAGGACUUGAGCAUCAUUGGUAUCGCCGGCAGCUCUGGCUCUGGCAAGACCUCUGUGGCCAUGGAGAUCGUCAAGUCUUUGAACCUACCCUGGGUAGUAAUCCUUGUCAUGGAUUCAUUCUAUAAGACCUUAUCGUCCGAGGAGCACCACAAAGCUCAUGCGAACGAGUAUGAUUUUGACUGCCCGGACUCGAUUGACUUUGAUCUGCUUGUAAAAACCCUGCAAGAUCUGAAGAAAGGAAAGAAAGCCAACAUCCCAGUCUACUCGUUCAAUGAUCACCAGCGCCAGCCCAACACGACCACUCUUUACUCUCCCCGAGUUAUCAUUCUGGAGGGUAUUCUGGCGCUUCACGAUCCUAGAAUCGUUGAGAUGUUGGAUGUGAAGAUUUUCGUUGAAGCCGACAUGGAUGUGUGUCUAGGACGCCGAGUCCUUCGGGAUGUCCGCGAGCGCGGUCGAGACAUUGAAGGUAUCAUCAAGCAGUGGUUCACUUUCGUGAAGCCAUCCUACACUCGAUAUGUGGAGCCGCAGCGUCCCAUUUCAGACAUUAUCAUUCCACGUGGAAUUGAAAACACGACCGCUAUUGACAUGGUGGUGAAACACAUUCAACGCAAGCUGCAAGAUAAAUCCGACAAACAUACCGAAGAACUUAACAAGCUUGGUUUGAUUGCAGCAGAAGUUGAGUUGCCUUCCAAUGUGCAUGUUUUGCCCGCUACUCCGCAGCUUAUCGGUAUGAACACUAUUUUGCAAAACCCAGCAACUGAGCAGGAGGAUUUCAUCUUCUACUUUGACCGAUUGGCCUCCAUAUUGAUUGAAAGGGCCUUGGACAUGACAUUAUAUGUCUCUGCGAAUGUGGAAACACCACAAGGAAACCAAUACGCUGGCUUGCACCCCAAGGGCACUGCAUCAGCUGUCGCUAUCUUGCGAGGUGGUUCUUGUAUCGAGACUGCUCUCAAGAGAUCUAUUCCCGACUGUGUCACUGGUCGCGUGCUCAUUCAAACCAAUGAGUGCAAUGGAGAGCCAGAGUUGCAUUACCUGAAACUUCCACCACAGCUUGAAGAACAUGCCACAGUCAUCCUUAUGGACUCGCAGAUGUCCAGUGGAGGUGCUGCACUUAUGGCCGUUCGCGUGCUUCUUGAUCAUGGAGUGAAGCAGGACAGCAUCGUGUUUGUGACAUGCGCAGCAGGUGAGCUAGGUCUCAAACGCUUGACUGCUGUGUUCCCCAAGAUUCAUGUGAUUGUUGGACGAAUCGAGGAGGAGGGAGAACCACGAUGGAUAGAGAAGCGGUACUUUGGAUGCUGA